CAUUUCAAGGUCCCAUACAUUAACACCAAGUCGUUCGUUUCUUAUAUAUAUCAUCUUUUAAUUAAAACAGCACUCGCUUUACCGCUUGUAUUAAUUUUGAUAAUUAAGACUGUUACAUGAAGCUGACAAGACAUCCGUCAGUGAAACAUCGACUAUGCAGCCAUCCCAUCACUUACUCUCGUACACUUGUGCUCGUUACAUUAGAGGGAUCUCGUUGUACAUAUUACUCACUAGGCCACUACGACACUAGUGUAUAGCUUAAUACACGCGCAUCCCUCCACUAAAUCCGAUACUGAAGAGAUAGUUUCAGCAGCACGCAUCAUAUCACCCUCCGUGAGGAUUUCUGAUUUAAAUGUCAGCUCAGCAAGUACAGUGAAGAUGUGUGUGAUGAUAUUUUCUCCAGUGAAUGUUGUACGGGAGGACUACACAUAUCUUAUGCUAUAAUACACGCCUUAAUGCCGUGCUGCAAAAGGAUAUCAUUGAAAACAGAUCUGACAUGAUGAGCGUUUGAUACAAAACUUUUUUCGCCAUACUGUAAGUCCAAUUUUCUCAACUUCAACUAAGCUGUCCGGAAACUCCACAUCUCACAGACGAUAGACCGAAAUACAUACGAUGAUUUUGCCAGUCCUACUUUUCCUCCUACCCAUACUGCCCCUUGCGAUGUUUCAGGCGCAACCUGUCCAGUAUCAUACACUGGGCACGCCCUUAGGAAAACUAACUGGAAGACAGAUAGCUUUUGGGACAGAUGCGACGGUGUAUCAGUUCCUUAAAAUUCCGUUUGCCAAGCCACCUGUGGGAGACCUACGAUUCCAGAAGACAGUACCAGUAGAGAGAUGGAGCAGCAUACAUGACAGUACCGAACAUGGGCCCUCAUGCUUACAAGAGAUCCCCGCAGCAAUAAAACAAUUUCUCAGUAACAAAGAGGUUUCAGAGGAUUGUCUGCAUCUUAAUGUAUACACUUCUGGCGAUUUGUCUCCAACAACCAACAAAAGUGUUAUGGUAUUUUUUCAUGGUGGUGGGUUUCUUACAGGUCAAGCUCAACUAUACGACGGAUCAGGACUAGCUGUCAAUGGGGACGUGAUAGUUGUCACAGUGAAUUACAGGCUGGGUGUUCUCGGUUUCUUCAGCACGGGUGAUUCUGUAGCAAGGGGAAAUUAUGGUCUUUGGGAUCAAAUUGAAGCCCUGAAGUGGGUGCAAAAUAAUAUAGGAUCUUUCGGUGGUAAUCCCAAUUCUGUGACGAUUUUUGGCGAAUCCGCUGGAGCAUUUAGUGUAUCUCUCCUCUCCGUCAUACCAGAGAACAAAGGCCUGUUCCAGCGAGUCAUUUUGCAGAGUGGUGACUACAGCUCCUACUAUGCUAUCAACAAAAAGCCGAACGAUUUUGCUACUGCAUUUAGCUAUCAGUCUAAGUGUAGAAAUCUACAAACAUCACAAGCCAUGUUCGAUUGUGUCCGAAAUAUUCCCGCUGAUCGCAUCAUUCCAACACAGAAUAAGGCCAUUUUGUUCAGUCUACUUGCUCCUGAUAGUUUAUUCAAUUCGCCACUUGCCCCAGUCAUUGAUGGAGAUCUUAUCAAAAGUGAUCCUGUCGAGUCGGCGCAAAACACCUCUUCCGACAUGAUCGCGUUCUUUCAGUCACUAGACUUGAUGGCGGGCUGUGUCAGUACAGAGGGGUCAUUACUCCAGGCCUAUAUCUAUCCAUACAUGGAGACCAAGUACGACUUCAAUACUAGUGAAGGGGUCCCCACCUCUUUACUUCGCUCGUAUUUUGCACGUACUCUCGCGGAACAACUUUACAAUAACCAAAGCAACGUUUGGAGGGCGAUUGUGGACAAGUUCGGUUCCAGUGAUAUAGAAGUCCAGGCAAGAAAAAUAAUGGACUUGUAUGGCGAUGUUUUCUUCUAUCUGCCGAUGAUUCGAGCCGUAGAUUUGCAUUCUUCAAACAAUAAAGACGGUAACACUUUCCAGUACAUGUUUAGUGAACCAACCCCUAUACCGAUAUCUGGGAAACAACAGCCGUCUUGGUUCCGUGGUUCGGAGCACGGUGCCGAUCUUAUCUUCCUUUUUGGUAUAGAAAAACUAAAUCGUAUUAUCAGCAUCCCAUCGUCCACAAUGGACUUCGUACAGCAGCUGAGGACCUACUGGACGAACUUCGCUAACAAUGGAGAUCCUAACCGUGGCAGAAAUGUGAAUAUCCGGUGGCCAGAGUAUAAUUCGGCAAACCGUAGCUUUAUCGACCUUGCGGCAUCAUCCGUUUCUCAACAAACAGCCAUGCUCCAGGAUCGUGUCAAGUUUUGGGAGAAGGACUUGCCACUGAUUGCAAGUACGAACGUCACAGACAGUGCUGUGUCGUUAGCAACUGCCAAAUGGACAAUACUUAUUAUGUUAUUUGUCAAUUCCAUACUCCGUAGGCUCUGAUAUGAAUGUCAAACAUAGAAUGUAUGUUGGUAGAGUUACAGUAGGUAUGAUGAAAGUUGUAUUCAUUUUGCAUUCGCCUGUCCGAAACAAAACCCAUCAGAUGAAAAAGUGAGUGUCGGAGAAUGUUUUAGUAAGCUCUAGCUGCUUGAACAAACAAACAAGAUGCGAUUACAACAUGCAUCAGGGAGAGAAAGAGUGCGUAUGUCAUUUGCUGGUGCGUACGGUUAUAUUUAUUUCGUUCCAAAUCAAGGUGGGUUUGUACACAAUGAACAACCCUUCCAAACCGUUUGUUUAGCAGAGUAUUAUACCACAUAGUAUGUUUUAACAGCAGCAUGCCUAUUGCAUUACCUGAAAGCUGUUCCUGUUGUAAUCUCUAGUCGUCAAGUAUCUGUACUGGGAGGCACAAGUUCGCUAUGAUAAGUUACAUACGUCAUAGGUUGUACAUUACUGCUUACCAGUAGGUGUGAUUUGUGUGAAAGCUGCACAUCGAGGUAUCGUAUCUCGUGUCUGCAACCCUGCUGGUUACAUUAACACGUUUCCACGUUGUUUUUGUUUUGUUAUCAAUCUCGGCCUUAUUCGGUCUAUGUUCUUGCUCAAAGUCAAACAUCAGCCUCAGUUAACGAACUGGCAAUAGUACUGGUAAACCCUACAAAAAUCAUAAUUAAAACAUCAAACCUGCUCAGAGUGUAGUUUAUCUGUCUAAAUACAAAACUGAACAUUAACGACGUCGGACAUUAAACUAAACACUUUCCAUUACAAAAACAAAAUCAUGGAUAAAUCAAAGAUACUUGUAUUGAAAAGAUUGUUUUUGAAAAGUUUUCGGCGUGAAUAACUGAAUAUUGAAUAGUUACAACAUUUACAUGUAAAGAUAAAGUAAAGCUGAACAGCAAAUACAAUCAAAGCAUAAUAUUAACCAGACAGAACUGAACAUUAACCAAUUAAUGAUAAACAUUGAUGAUGUAUAACUAAAUAUUGACGAUUCAAAAUUAAACGUUUGUCAUUUUCUCCAAAACUUGCGACUUUCCUUGUUAACCAAUGCCUAGCAAGUUCUUACAUGACCAUAGCCGUUAAUAAAACGUAAGCACAAACAAAACCAGAAGCAAAUCUAGUGUACCAAUAUAUGCGAGCCUAACAUCCUUGAUAACACACCUUAUACUCCUUUCCUAUGGGUAUUUUCUCUCCAAGCGUAAUGUAUUAAUGGCACGUGCUAUAAGACUGCAGUAAUAUAUUAGUUACAUUAUUGCAGCAUACGUAUUAAUACAAGAUGAAUGGCAGUGCACGUGACGUUACAAGAUGUAAGUCACGUGAUGUUACAAGAUAUAUGUGAGCUUAUCGUCCUUGAUAACACGCCGAUUCUAAUGUAUAUGUGUCAUAUGAACCGUGACAUAAAUACCCGUCAGGAGACAUUCGUAUUUUCGAUCAGUGAACAGCUUGCUGUUUGAUCGACAGUGAGGUGGGGAUACCAUAGCUGACUGUUUCUAAACGGUAAAUCUCCUGUUGAUCCACGUGACUGCUUGUGCGCGUGCCUCUCCGCUCGAUUCACUUGCCCCCUGGGACAUGAAAGGUAUCACACUGUUUAAGUGUAUUACCGCCAUCCCUUUCCACAAAUACGCACACACUAUCAGGUAGCAAUAUUUGUAAUGCAUACACACAAAUAGUGUAGCAGUAUUUACAACAAAUACACAAAAAUGGACAGCAGGAUUUUACGAUGAACACACACAAACAUGCAACAGCAUUUUUACAAUGCAUACACACAAACAUGCAACAGUAUUUUUACAAUGCGUACACGCAAACAUGCAACGAAAUAAUCAAUAUGUUCACGUUAAAAGGCAAUAAGUAUAGACAAAUACAGAACGUGAACAUGACAGAUACAAAUUCCGUUUUAUCUUUAUAAAGUUUCUUAUUGAAUUAUAACAAGUGCUCAGCAGCGACCCUGUCCUGUCCUCUACAGUUGUUUAGUGAUGUUCUUGGCUUUUAUUUCACAUACAUAAAAUGCUGAAGUGUUAUAUAUAUCAAUGUAUUAGAAUAAAACGUACACAAUGCGUAGCUAUAACCUCUAUCAGUCAUACAACUCCAUAUUAACGAUAUUUGGCAGUAUAUUGAAAGCUUACCAUUACAGCAACAAUUAACAUUAAUACUGUAUAAUUAAUGGUAUUUAGCGUAUAAGUCUGAGCAGUGACUGUGCAGACUUGUACACUGAUCGAAUCAAACUGAACAUUUACAAUGUGUUGGUGAACAUUAUUUAUGAACAGUUUAACAUUGGCCAUGUACAUAUGUAUAUAAAAAAACAUUGACUAUUGACAAUGUGAAGCUGAACAUCAGCAAUUAAAACAUAGCAUUGUUCCUUAAAGCUGAACAUUGACCAUCUUAAAAUAUACACUAUUGACAUACGUGUAUGAAACUGAACUUUGACAAUUUAAAGCUUAACGCGAGAUGAGAGUUGACAUUUGAACAUUUUUCGUAAUAAGACUAAGUAUUUGCUACCGUAAAGCAGCUUAUGUACCAUGUUAAACUACACUUUCGUCCUUAAAGCUGAACAUUUAUCAUAUUAUACUUAACGUUGACAAUGUACAGAUGGAUAUUGGCCCUGUAAAUUAGGCAGUUCUUUAUUAUUUCUUGUUGUCAUCAAAUUUAAAACAAAUGCCAUAGUAGGUUUUUUAUGAUUAUAGUUUUUAAUGAAACGGUUUCUUAAAUCAGUAUAAUGACUACAUCUAAUAAUAAAAUUAUACUCGUCUUCAAUAUCGCCAGUGUUACAAUAUAUAAAAAAUUCUAUUUUUUCUCUCUAAACCAUGAAAUCUACCCGUUUCAAUAUUCAACGUAUGCGAUGACAACCGAUUUUUAGCAAUUUGUUUUAUAUUUUGUAAUCCAAUAGGUUUAAUUACUGUUUAAGACAAAACAUACCACAAAUCCAUUUAUGAAGAGAACACUUAGCAGAUGAAUUAAUUAAAUCUAGACACUCCUGUUGAAAAAUGUCAUGCAUUCUGCAUUUAAUAAUUUUCAGAAGUUGACCUUCAUUACCCUCUGUUAGCCAUAAAUAUCCCAAACCUAACCUAUAUAAUUCGUUUCUUAUGUUAUUUGUCCAGUCGCUGCCCUUUUCAAUCAUCUCAUCGUAACAAGCAUUUAAAAUGCAAAUGUCCGACAUUCUUAGUUUAAGCCAAUAUUUAAAAAUUCUAAAUUUUCUUAUCAUAUGUAAAGGUAGCCUCCCUAAUUCUUGAUAAAUCAUUACAUUAGGUGUGUAUUUCUUAAACCCCAAAACUCGUUUACAAUAAUUCAAAUGCACUUCUUGAGCUUUGUGACAGCCCCAAACUUCAGCUCCAUAGUUUAGGACACUGCACACAAAAGUAUCAAAAACGCUAAGUUGGGUUUCAAUAUUGAAAUAUUUCCUUUUACAAACAUUGGAUACAGCAUAACGUGCUUUCCUACCUUGUUCUGCUAAUUUCUCUUGUGUAAUACUAAAUUUACCAUUGAGUUUUAUUAAAAUUCCAAGGUAGCUAAAACUAUCAACAUUUUCUAAAACAUUACCAUCAUCUAACCAUUUUUCUGCCUCCUUCAACUUACCACCAUUUCUAAAAAUGAUUGACUUUAGAUUUUUUAACAUUAACAGUUAGAUUCCAUUUCUUAGUGUAUUGUAAUAGUGUGUCUAACCUUUUUUUGCAAUCCCUCUGCCGAUUCAGCUAACCAAACCAUAUCAUCUGCGUACAUUAGAAGAAAUAAGUUAAUAGUUUGGAGUUCUAUAGAAGGACAGUUAUCAGUUAAAAAAUGCAUCUCACAAUCAUUCACAUAAAGAGAAAAUAAAAUCGGUGACAAUAUUUCGCCUUGGAACAAACCAUUCCUGCAUUCGAAGAUAUUAGACAUUGAAUUGUUGAAUUUAACACAACAUUUUACAUCGUUAUAUAAAGAACGUAUCAUAUUUAACAGUUUACCUUCUACUCCUUCCUUAAUUAGUUUAAACCACAAAUAAUGUCUGUUAACAAAAUCGAAAGAUUUCUUAUAAUCUAUGAAACAACAAUAUAGCUUCUUUUUGUCUUCUUUAAAGUUCUAUUAAUUAACGAUUGCAAGACAAAAACAGCAUCUAUGAUUGACAUAUGCUUUCUGAAACCAAAUUUAGCAUCACUAAUUUUAGAAUAAACCAAAUUCCUUAAGUCGAUUAUGUAAGGUUGCUAUAAACAUUUUGGCUAAACAACUAACUAGAUUAAUUCCUCUAUAAUUAUUUGUGUCAUUCUUAUCCCCCUUUUUAAGUAAGGGAAUAAUAUAACCUAUUGACCAUAUGGAAGGAUAGUUACCAGAUUUGAACAUUUCAUUAAAUAAUUUAACAAGACAAGGAAAUAAAACCUCUUUACCUCUGAUAAAAAAACUCAUUAAUUAACAAAGCAUGGCCAUGUACUUCAUCUGUGCUUAAGUUAUUGAUUACUAACUUCUUCUUUAGAAAUGUCAAUGUCCCGUUCAUAAAACAUAGCUUUAGGUAUAUCAUUAGUGGCAUCAUACUUUCUCAAAAAAUCGGUUACAGCCUCAUUUUCACAAGGUUUCUUGGAUGACAAAUUACUAAAAUGUAGAUAAAAAUCAUGUUCAUCAAGUGAAGACUUCACAUUAUUCUUUCUGUUAUUGAAAUAUCUAUAAAAAUUAUUUGGAUUUUUUUUCUCAUGAAGUUCAACAUGAUACAUUGAUGUGUUUUGUGCAGCCUCUUCAACUUAAGUUCCAUUUUCUUAUAACUGCGUUUUUUAAAAACACGUGCAUCAUGAUUUUCUUCGUUCUUACAUGAAUUGAAUAUAAAUAAAGCAUUCUUAUAUUCCAUAUAGCGAAGUUUGCAAGUUUCAUUGAACCAGAGUUUAUCUUCUUUGCCUUUUUUCUUAUAAUCACGUACAGGAUGGGUAACAACACUAAGAGGUAGUAACAGUUCUUUCAGAAUAUCAGUAAAAAAAUUAACACAUUCGUUGAUUCGAGUUUGGCUCAUAUCAUUACUGUCACAACAAUAAGAUAACUCGUUUCUGUUAUUUUCUAACAUAUGACGUAAAGUUUCUGUAUUGUUAUCAUUCCAUCUUAUACGUGUCGGAUUCUGAUUACCAACCUGUUCCUGGACAUUAUUUACAACAUUUGAACGCAAAGUUACAUAUCGGAGAAUGGUCUGAUAAAGCAUUAAAUACCCCAAUUUCAAAAUUGAUAAUAUCUCCAAUAACAGUACCAAAAUUUAAUAUAUAGUCAAUAAGACUAGUACCUCUACUAUUAAAGAAGGUAACACUGCCAUUUGGAUCAUUUUUGUGCCUUCCAUUAACUGUUCUUAAGACAGUAGUCUUACACAAGGAUAAAAGUUGUCUACCAAACUGAUUGAUAACUGGGUCUGAAUUGGAACGUUUAGUUGGUACAGAAUCUGGCACAUACGAUACAAUAUUGGAGAUAACAUUGGCGGAAAACUCUGGGAUACUGUCAUUAUUAAUAUAAUAAUUAUUGUUUCCCGUUCUGCUAUUAAAAUCACCAAGCCCCAUUACUUUACCCACAUCUUUGUACCGACACACCAUUUCUUCUAGACAGGAAAACAAAUCAUUUUCGCAUUUUUUAUAAAAAGUGCUAUUUACAGGCGGGAAAUAACAUGCAAAAAGAUACAAAUCCACAUUGUCAUUUGUUACAUCACGAGAUAGUUUUAGUAAAACAAUAUUGUCAUUUAUAUUUUCAAUAACAUGACAAUGGCAAGCAAUCGAAGAUCUAAUAAAAAUAAUGAUGCCGCCAACUUUACCGUGUAAUCUAUGGAAACUAUGUGUUUCAUAACGUAAUAAUUCAACAACAUCUUCUUUACUGUUCAGCAAACCAACAUCUUUGGGAGGAUAUAUAUACAAUCUGAUAAAACUAGACCUUUAAUUCCUCUCAGAUACUUUACGUUCCAAUCAAAGAUUUACAAUCUUACUUCACCAACAAAUUCGAUAAA